AUGAAUAGAGGAAGAGAGGAAAGCGGUUGCUGUUGCGGCUCGGGCUCAGGCUCGGGCUCGGGGGCCGGUCCUUCGGCCAACCGCAACGGCAGAGUCUGGGGAGGACGUUGCAGUCCCAAUGCUUAUGAGCCCAGGGCUAUGCUGACCAAUAUUUUUUUAUCUCCUCAAGAUCAUCACCGCCGUUGUGUUGUUCUCUUCUUCUUCUCUAGUCUUCAAGCACACCUCGUCGUCGUCAUUACGCUCGCUCUUCCUCUCCGGAUUCUCACGGUUGUCGUCGUCGACUCCUCUGUCUCCCUCUCGUCAAACUACUGGUCCCACAUGACAAUUUGUCGACAUCGUUGUGUCACUAUGGCGUCUAAAACAAUUGUCGAGGUAAUGCGUGAGCUCGUCUCGGCUUGUCUUUCUGUCCCUACAUACAAGAACGACAACUUCGACCAGGUGUUUAAUUCCAUGGAAGCGUUCACCACUAUCUUUGACGACGCUACUACAACACCGACUGCUGUCAACAGACAGCAUCAGACUAACGCCUACACCAACUCCUGA